GUAUUCUCGUGUCCCUCUCUUCUCAUCUCAGUCUGAACUCAGAUCAAAAUGGCACAGCCUCUGCUCUUUAUUCUCAUCAGUACACUUUUCUAUGAAGUAAAUUCCCUAACCUGCUAUCAGUGCAUACCGGAGACCUCUAUUAAAUGCACUGAAACUAAAGUGGAGUGUCCUGUUGGUCAGUGUGGGACUAUGAGAACCACAUCUUAUAUGGGAAACAACACAUUGGCUGACAUGAUCAUGAAGAACUGCUCUCAAACCAAUCAAUGCGUGACUGCAUCCGCAAACUUUGGAAUUACAAAAAUAGUCAUUAACAAUCAGUGCUGCAACACUAACCUGUGCAAUACCCAGACUGAACCCGAAUCCCCCAAGAUGAUCCCGAAUGGAAUCCACUGCCACACUUGCAGUGGAGAAGACUGUGCAUCAGCUUUACCUUGUGUAGACGAGGAAGAUCACUGUAUCAAGGCAACAGUCUUUAGUGAUGGACAGAUGAUGACGAUGAAAGGAUGUGCGACCAGAAGUUUUUGUAAUGGUGACUUGUCCACAAAGAUCGGCCAGUCCAGCAUAUCGGCGGACCAGAGCUGCUGUAAAGGUCAUCUGUGUAACAGCGCUCCAACAGUCAGUCUUAGCCGCUUCUUUCAGCUGGGGAUUCUGAUGUACAUCCUACAGACCGCAUUUUGAGCUUUCAAUUGUCAUGAUUCUCUGAGGUUUACAUUUGACAAGAAAUUUAAAUAAUAAUAAUUAAAUCCAGCCAACAUUCUUGCAUGCUGGUUAUAUCGGUAAAAUUAUCAUUUAAAUAUAUAUAUUGUUAAUGCCUGAUUCUAGGAUGCGAGUAUUGAGUACUUGUCAAGUUGCCCAUUUUGUAUAUAGGCCUACUGAAAUUUUCACUUAGCCAUUUUUGCUUCUCUUUUGUAAUAUUCAAAGAUCAAAGAUUUGCAAAGAAUGGGCAGUAAAUAUCUAACUCUUCUGAUAAUUUUAAUCUA